ACCUAGGCGGCCGUCCAAGGCGCCGGCCCAAAGAAAGGCCUCGCCCGAUGGUGACUCCUAUCUCGUAGCUAUAGUGGUCCGUAAAGGUUGAGGCGCAGAGCCAACGGCUACCUCGACAAGACGAUUGAGCCACUGAGGAUCUGCUUCAGUCUUCACCGACCGCUCGCCGGCGCGGUCGUCUCCUCCACCUCCCCGGCAUCCACCGGCCGCAGCACCGCCCGUGCCCACCUUCAUCUCCCGCAACCUCCUCGCCUCCCUCUCGUCCCCUGAGUCCCUGACUCCCGUUUUCUUCACGUCAGCCCGCUGCACUUUUUGCAUCCUGGGCGUUCUCGAAUCUCGACGGUUGCGUCUUCGGCCUCUUCUCCAACUCCAUCCAUCAGUCUCCAGCACCGCUUCUCACCGUCAAGUUCGGCCCUGCUUUGUUGGAACUUGAGCCUCUCUUAGCGAGUUCGCCUUAGGCCCCCAAAUGCAUUGGGCCGCCCCUAGCUGCCGCGAAGGCCCAUGCGAGUCCUCGCCUCCCCCCAACGAUGUCUCGGUGGCGGAUAUUGUCACGCAGCAAUUCUUCGACGGAAUUAUUAAUCAGGCGGAUAACGGGUGCGUCGGCAAGAACUUCUACACAAGAGCCGCGUUCCUUGAUGCUCUCGGCUCCUACCCCAACUUUGGCCGGGAUGGGACCGUGGAUGAUUCCAAGAGGGAGAUAGCAGCCUUCUUCGCCCAUGUCACCCAUGAGACUGGACAUUUCUGCUACAUAGAAGAGAUCGACGGCGCGUCGAAGGACUACUGCGAUGAGACCAACACACAGUGGCCAUGCGUUCCAGGGAAGGGGUACUACGGCCGUGGCCCAAUUCAGCUAUCCUGGAACUUUAACUACGGUCCUGCGGGAAAAAGCAUUGGAUUCGAUGGCUUGAAUUCACCUGAAACCGUGGCUAAUGAUGUUGUUAUAUCAUUCAAGACAGCCUUGUGGUAUUGGAUGACCAACGUGCAUUCGCUCAUAACUUCUGGCCAAGGGUUCGGAGCCACGAUUCGAGCCAUCAAUGGAGCUCUUGAGUGUGAUGGCAAGAACCCAGAAACAGUUAAUAAACGCGUUGGAUACUACCUGGAUUACUGCAAGCAAUUUGGUGUGGCUCCAGGAGACAACCUUACUUGUUAGAUGCUUUUAUGAUUUACCUAGCUCCAACUCCAUUGCAUGUUAAAUGGAGGGGAAUACAUAUUAAUUUGAAAUUAUUGAAUAAAGGUGUGGCUACCUAUCUAUUCCUUGUAGCUCCAAGUCCAUUGCAUAUUAAAUGGAGGGGAAUAAAUAUUAAUUUGAAAUUAUUGAAUAAAGGUGUGGCUACCUACA